UACGGAAAACGAAUUGUAGUACGAUAUUGUAAUAUAAAUAAUAAAGAACAAAUAAUAAUAAGCUUAAGAAAACAGAACUCCUAUGCCUAAAUUCAAAAAACGAGGUGCUAAACAAUGUGUGAGCAGCUUGGAUAUCCAACCAUGUUGCUCGAAUUCUGUUGUCAAAAGUUCCACACAAGUGAAAGAGAAGGCUGGGGAAGACAAUAGUGCAGACAAGCAACUUUUGAAAGAAUCGGAAGGAAAGGAAAAGAAAAAAAUUGGUCUCAAAAGGAAAAGAAUAGGUAAAACAAAAAGUGCUGGCAGCUUGGAUAUCCAACCAUUCUGCUCGAACUCUGUUGUCGAAAGUUCCACACAAUUUAAAGAGAAGGGUGAGGAAGAUAAUGAUGAAGCCAAGCAACUUUUGAAAGAAUCGGAAGAAAAUGAAAACAAAACAUUUGGGAAAAGAAUAGGUAAUACAAAAAGUGCUGGCGGCUUGGAUAUCCAACCAUGUUGCUCGAACUCUGUUGUCAACAGUUGCACGCAAUUAAAAGAGAAGGCUGAAGAAGACAAUGGUGAAGACAAGCAAAUUUUGAAAGAAUCGGAAGGAAAAGAAAAGAAAACAUUUGGUCUCAAAAGGAAAAGUAUAGGUAAUACAGAAAGAGCUAGCGGCUUGGAUAUCGAACCAUUCUGCUCGAACUCUGUUGUCAAAAGUUGCACGCAAUUAAAAGAGAAGGCUGGGGAAGACAAUGGUGAAGACAAGCAACUUUUGAAAGAAUCGGAGGAAAAGGAAAAGAAGAAAAUUGGGCUCAAAAGGAAAAGAAUAGGUAAUACAAACAGUGCUGGCGGCUUGAAUAUCAGACCAUGCUACUCGAGAUCUGUUGUCGAAAGUUCCACACAAUUCAACGAAAAGGCUGGGGAAGACAAUGCUGAAGACAAGCAAUUUUUGAAAGAAUCGGACGAAAAGGAAAAAAAAACAUUUGGUCUCAAAAGGAAGAGUAUAGGUAAUACAAAAAGUGCUGGCGGCUUGAAUACCCAACCAUUCUGCACGAACUCUGUUGUCAAAAGUUCCACACAAUUGAAAGGAAAGGCUGAGGAAAACAAUGGUGAAGACAAGCAACUUUUGAAAGAAUCGGAAGGAAAGGAAAAGAUAACAUUUGGGCUCAAAAGGAAAAGAAUAGGUAAUACAAAAAGUGCUGGCGGUUUGGAUAUCCAACCAUGUUGCUCGAACUCUGUUGUCGAAGGUUCUACACAAUUCAAGGGGAAGGCUGAGGAAGACAAUGGUGAAGACAAGCAAAUUUUGAAAGAAUCGGAAGGAAAAGAAAAGAAAACAUUUGGUCUCAAAAGGAAAAGUAUAGGUAAUACUGAAAGAGCUAGCGGCUUGGAUAUCGAACCAUUCUGCUCGAACUCUGUUGUCAAAAGUUGCACGCAAUUAAAAGAGAAGGCUGAGGAAGAUAAUGGUGAAGACAAGCAACUUUUGAAAGAAUCGGAGGAAAUGGAAAAGAAAACAUUUGGGCACAAAAGGAAAAGAAUAGGUAAUACGAAAAGUUCUGGCAACUUGGAUAUGCAACCAUGUUGUUCGAGCUCUGUUGUCAAAAGAUCCACGCAAGUGAAAAAGAAAGUUGAGGAAGACAAUGGCGAAUAUAAUAAACUUUUGGAAAAAUCCAUAAUUGAGAACGAAAAAUUUACUUAUUUAUUAUCUAAAUUAUCAGAUGAGCAGUUGAGUAAUUUAGAAACCUAUAGGACUUGUAGUUUUGCAAAAAAUAAUAUAAGGAAAGUCAUGCAAGAAGAAUUUGUCAAAAGAAUAACAGAGAGGGCAGUUGCUGGCGCAUCUACUGUUUCAAAGUUAUUUGUGGCCCAAAUAAUCGAUAAAGCAUUAGCUAUUGAUGGAACUAAAUGCGUUACACAAAAGAAAAUCACUGAAGCUGUGGAAAUUCAAAGUAAGAAGGAUAUUCUCUUAAUUUCAGAAAAAUCAUCUGCAGCAGAAUAAAACUAUGUAGUUUUAUAUGUUGUUGAUUAUUAUAUGAUAAUAUUUCAGUGAUAAGCAUAUCAUAACU